CAACAAUUAAGGAGAAUGAGCGGUUAAAUAUAUUAACACAUGCAAGCUCAACAGGUUAUUAGUGACACAGAUGGAUUAUGAUCAGUUCGUCAUUUCUCAAAAGAACGGCAGCGUUUAGUGGAUUGGUUAUGGAAGCCCGGAACAACGUCUCGCCAGUCGCCACCACCGUCCCUGUUUCUUAGAUUCUUCAGCCUUCUUCGGUCCCAAAUCCUCCAUCUUCCAGCCGAAAAAAUGAUGGGCCUUCUCAGAGUCUCUGUGAGAUCAAGUCGUCCGAUCCAUUCUGUCUCUCGUGUAUGAUCUCUCGUUACUUUACUAAUACAAAAUCCUCUUUGUUUGCGUAUAUAGGCUUCGACUAGCCUUCUCUUCUGCUAGUAUAUGUUUUAAAACUAUAUAUAAAUCCUAAUCCAAAACUCAUCUGCCAAUCUGGACUCUGAAUUGCUGCGAAAAUGUCUGACAUCCCCUCUGAACUCCACCACAAAAUACUCCUUCUAUUGCCCGCCGAUUCCCUUUUCCGCUUCAGAAGUGUUUGCAAGGAAUGGCGCCGCCUCAUUGAUGAUCCAUCUUUCGUCAAAGCCCACAUACAAAAUCAAAUCUCCUCAAGCACUCUUCUCAUAAAAAAAGAAGGCUCUGGUUCACCUCCUCUUUAUCUCAUUAACUUUGACUCCCUAGAAUUCACCCAUGACUUGAACGAUGACGGCCACAUGAUUGAAGCAAUUCCCGUGAAACAAUUGGUUCGUCUUGACGUGCCUCGCUUACAAAAUCUUCCGGAGAACUGCUGCAAUGGUUUGAUUCUUCUUUCUAGUUUUGACCUUAACAAGAAUUGGGCUGUUUGGAACCCAUUAACCGGAGACUGCCAUCAGUUGCCCCUGCCCGAUUACCCUACCUAUUGUUUUAUGACUGCUGGUAUAGGGUACGAUCAUGUUUCUGACGACUACAAAGUUGUUAGGUUAGAGACAUAUUCCCCCCGUCAUGACGAAUAUGUUUGCAGAACUCUUCUUUACAGCUUAAAGUUGGGUUCGUGGAAGAGAAUUGAGGAUUGUCCUAUUGAUUUUCUGGGUAUGGUUAAAUAUGUUAAUGGGGUUUGUGUGAAUGGGGAAUUGCAUUGGUGUGCCACUCUAUCUUGUGUUGUCACUUUAGAUCUUGUUACUGAAGAAUACAGAUUUACCCCUCUUCCUCCUGAACCCUUCCCUGAAGAGAGAUUUGAUCUGGAUUUGGAUGCUAUUAGUGGGUCAUUAAUUUUGACUUGCAGUUACUUCACAGGCACCGGGUGUCACUUUGAUGGAUGGGUGUUGCAGGAAUACGGAGUCGAAAGCCCUUGGAAAAAAUUGUUCUCAUUUCAUCUUAACUGUUCCAAGCAACCCAGACUUGUGGCUUACAUGAAGAACAAAAAGAAGGUCAUUCUGCAGCGUGACGAUGGUUUUUUUUGGGUUGAUAUUGAGAGCAAUUCAGUGAAACAGGUAACAGUUGAUGGACUCGUGGGCAUUUCUUCUCAAGUUUUUCCUGGAAGCCUCUACCGCCUCGACGACCGUGGCAGUACCAGUAAUUCCGUCUCAACUUCAACAGGUGUGAAGAGGAAGAGAAAACAGACCAAAAAGAGGACUAUUACAAGGCUGAGGAUCCAUAUAAGAAAUGAAAGUUACCAGAGUCCAGAACCCAGAAUCCUGUUAUGAUUCUUCACUCGGUUCGUAUGAGGCUGAUGAGUAUUAAGUAGUCCUCCUACCAUUUUGGUAGGAACCUAUGUAUGAUGCAAACGAGUCUGCUUUGGUUAACUUUGAAAAUUUUCAGCCUUAAAAUGAAUGUGUUUUUGGAAUAUUUUCUAUUCAUUGUUUAUUGCUCUUUUAGUUUUAGUUCAUGCAUGCUGCAGCUUGCAAUAUCAAUUACUCCCGUGUCAUUUGG